GAGCAGCGAAAAACAAGCCUCGCGCGGCCCAGACUGCACCUCUCACUCCGUUCCCAAUGUCUCGCAGCUGUUCUUGAGGACCUCCACCGCAUACCACCGUCCCUACAGAUCUCGCCGCCGCCAUGAGAUUCGGCCAACAGCUCCGGAGCUCGCUGAUCAAGGAUUGGUACUACUACUACAUCCAGUACGAUGAUCUGAAGAAGAGCCUGCGCACCGACUUCGAACACACGCCGCUUGUCCAGCAGGGUCACCAGAAAAAGAAGAAGCCAUGGUCCGAGGAGGAUGAGCGCCGGUUCGUUAACCAGCUCGAGCAGGAGCUGGACAAGGUCUUUACCUUUCAGAAAGUGAAGAGCCAGGAGAUUAUUCGACGCAUAAAGGCGAGCGAGAAAGAGGUCAACGAGGUCAUUGCGAGGGCAGAGGCUGCGAAGAAUGGGGACGACCGCGCGAAGCAGAAUGCACCUUCGGAGGAUGAAUUCUUGCUGCUGGAAGAGGACCUCUCGGAUAUCAUUGCCGACGUCCACGAUCUGGCAAAGUUCACUCAGCUGAACUACACGGGCUUCCAGAAGAUCAUCAAGAAGCAUGACAAGGCGACACAUUGGCACUUGAAGCCGGUCUUCGCAGCCCGGCUUAAUGCUCGGCCAUUCUUCAAAGAUGAUUACGAUGGGACAGUGGUCAAUCUCUCGAGACUGUACGACCAAGUGCGGACUCGUGGACAACCUGUGCAGGGUGACUCGGCAGCAGGAGAGAAGCAGCAGAACUUCGUACGUCAAACCACGAAGUACUGGGUGCAUCCGGACAACAUAACCGAGCUCAAGCUCAUUAUCUUGAAACAUCUUCCGGUGCUGGUUUUCAAUCCAAGCAAGGAAUUCGAGAAGAAGGACUCUGCCAUUUCCUCGAUUUACUACGACAACCCGGAAACAUGGGAACUGUACGAAGGCCGUCUGAAGAAGACCGAAGGUGCCGAAGCGAUCCGUAUGCGUUGGUAUGGCGGUAUGGAUGUCGACACAAUCUUCGUCGAGAGGAAGACACAUCGAGAAGACUGGACUGGAGAGAAGUCGGUCAAAGCUCGAUUCUCGACGAAAGAGAAGAACAUGGAUGCAUACUUGCGAGGUGACAUGACCACAGGACAGAUCUUUGAAAAGAUGCGAAAAGAAGGGAAGAAGAGCGAAAAGGAGAUCAAUGAUCUCGAGCAGCUGGCGAAAGAGAUUCAGUUCCGAGUGAUCGAUCGCAAGCUCGUACCGGUCUGUCGCUCGUUCUACAACCGAACUGCCUUCCAGCUUCCAGGAGAUGCCCGUGUGCGUGUGUCGCUCGAUACCGAGCUCACUAUGGUUCGCGAGGACAACCUGGAUGGCAAGAAACGUGCCGGUGACCACUGGCGGCGAAUGGACAUCGGAAUCGACUAUCCGUUCAGCCAGCUACCACCAGAGGACGUCGAGCGCUUCCCGUAUGGCGUGCUGGAGGUCAAAUUGCAGACUGCAGCAGGGCAAGAGCCUCCGGAGUGGAUUCGGGAAUUGACUGCAUCCCAUCUUGUUGAGGCAGUACCUAAGUUCUCGAAGUUCAUUCACGGUUGUGCAACGCUCUUCCCGACACGGAUUGACCUUUUGCCUUUCUGGUUCCCACAAAUGGACGUUGACAUUCGAAAACCUGUUAGCCACAAGUUUGGCAUUGAACGCCCAGGACAAAGUACAGAUGUCAGCACAAGUGCAGCCAUGGACGACGACACUGAUGAUGAGCUUGAGGGUGAAGAGGAUGACAGGACCUUCCCCGAAGAAGACCAGAAUCACCAACGUCUCCGCGCUGCACGAGAUGCACUUGAGCGCCAUGAAGAGGACCGCCAUUUGUAUUCGAAUGGCGAUGCAGAUCCGAAUGUACUCGAUGAAGAGGAGCGUAUGGCGCAUAAGCCUCUCGUAUCGAUUGACGAUGACUACCCGCUUUACGACUCUGAUGACGAGGAGGAAGCAUUAGAAGAGGCCAAACAGAAGGGCGGCUGGCAAUAUCGAUGGAGACUCACGAAGAGCUACGCCAGUCUUGCUGGUGACAAGCUCUUGUUUGCGCUGAAGCGUGCGACUCCAUUCCCUCAGCCCACCCAAAUUCCUGCGAGAGAAGGGCGACUGGGCAUACCGGGUGGCGCCGCAGUGUCAGAAAAGAGGUUCAAGGCGCCCAAGGGCAAGAAGAUUCACGUACCAGUGCGCGUCGAGCCGAAGGUGUCCUUCGCUGCUGAGCGCACGUUCUUGGCUUGGCUUGAAUUCUCCAUCAUCCUCGGAUCAAUCGCCGCUACCCUGCUCAACUUUGGUGACGGAGUGUCGCUCGCCGCCGCCAUCGCUUUCACUGCCACCGCAAUUCUUGCAUUAUUCUACAGCAUGGGCAUUUUCCUUUGGCGCGUGGAUCGUAUCAAACAGAGAAAAGCUGUCAGCUAUCAUGAUAAGUGGGGACCUUCUGCAUUAUGUUUUGCUCUCAUGGCCUGUGUCAUCGUUGCUGUUGCUUUCAGGUUUGCGAAAGGUGGCGAUGGAGAUUUGAGAGGGCGCAGUGUGGAAGCUUGAGUGGAACUGAGUGUGGAUCGCAUUGGGCGCUGUAUAUACCUUCAUGGCGAGAUGAUGAGCGAGUAUAUGUAUAGUAUGGUAUACACGUUGUAUGAGCGAGGUGCAUUUGGCUAUGGUGUAUCUAUCUAUCGGUACACGCCAUCCAGUCCAUGACAAGUCUAUACCACGUAUGCUUGCGUUCUUUCGAUCACUAUUGCCGUCAAGGUGGU